AUGUCCAACAGAGCUAUUGUAAAAUACGUCCUCUCCGGAGACACGGUAGCCGUGCGCUCUAAAGAGGCUCCCGAAAAGGGCAAAGUGCCCAAAGAACGAAUCCUGCACAUUGCGGGUGUGCAAACUCCUCGUUUGGGUAGCAUGUCACGCGAAGACGAGCCCCAUGCCUUCCAGGCUCGAGAAUAUCUCUGCCAAUUACUCCUAGGUAAAGAAGUCGCUUUCAACAUUACGCACACUCUCGAGUCCAAUCAUGCUGGUCCUGGCCGAGAAUUUGUAUCCCUCUUCAUCGCCCCAGCUGCCCCCGGCCAGCCUCCCCAAGAUGUCGCGGCACUUAUCCUCGCUGAAGGUUGGGCCAGAAUGAGGGAUGGCGUUGGAGAAGGCGACGAAGCUAUCAGGCGUCUUGGUGCCGAGGAAGCUAAGAAGAGGGACGCCCUUCGUGCCGUUGAAGCCCAAGCCAAGGCUGAAGGCAAAGGAAUAUGGGACGAGCAGCCGGAAUCUCAGAGGACUGUCUCUUUCCAGAUGCCUACCGAUCCUCAAGCUUUCAUUGCCGAACACAAGGGCGAAGAAAUUGAAGCUAUCGUUGAGCAAGUUCGGGAUGGAACGCAGCUCCGCUGCCGACUUCUCCUCGAGGACGGUAACCACCAAUUCGUCAAUCUCGUUCUCGCUGGAGCCAAGUCACCCCGUGCUUCUACAUCCAGAGACACCGAGGUCUCCAAUGGAGAGCCUUGGGGAGACGAGGCCAAGUACUUUACCGAAGUGCGAGUACUUCAGCGACACAUCAAAGUUCGCUUGUUGUCCGCCCCUGCCUCUCUUGGUGCGAACCCUCUUCAAUCCCAAGCUCCCAACAAGCCUACUGGAUCUGGACUCCCCGGCCCUAACGGUUUGCCAGCACCAUCACAAGGAUCCACUGUCAUCAUUGGUACUGCCAUGCACCCGAAGGGCAACAUCGCCGAGUUCCUCCUCGCUGCCGGUCUCGCCAAGGUCGUCGACUGGCACGUCGGUCUUCUCGCGCCCUACGGUGGUCUGGACAAGUUCCGAGCUGUUGAGAAGGCUUCCAGGGAGAAGAAGCUUGGUAUCUGGGAGAAUUUUGCACCUGUUCGUGCUACGGCUAACGGUGCUCCUGGUGCCGUCGCCGCGCAGGGACCCCCUUCGACCAAGGGAACCGACUUUGAGGCGACCGUGACUAGGAUCUGGGGGUCUGAUCAGCUGAGCAUCGUGGAGAAGAGCGAGGACGGCAAGGAGAGGAGAGUCCAGUUGUCGUCAGUCCGUGGACCUAGAGGUGUUGACGCCAAGCAGACCUACUGGGCCAAUGAAGCCAAGGAGUUCCUGCGAAAGCGUUUGAUUGGCAAGCAUGUCCAUGCCCACGUGGACUAUGUCAAGCCCAAGGAGGGUGAAUUCGAAGAGAGAGAAUGCGUGACUAUCCGAUACGGCAACCAGAACCACAACAUUUCCGAGCAAUUGAUCGAAAAAGGUCUCGCCACUGUUUUGCGUCAUAAGCGCGACGACGAAGACCGUUCUGUGGAACUUGACAAACUCAUCCUCGCCGAGCAGACCGCGCAAACCGGUGAGAAGGGUCUCCACUCCACCAAGGAGGUGGUCAUGCCCAGGAUCGUCGAUGCUUCUGAGAAGGGUAGUAUGGCUUCUAGCUAUCUGCCGCAAUGGAAGAGGGCCGGCAAGCACGCCGCUGUCGUGGAUUUCGUCAGUGCUGGCUCCAGAUUCAAGCUUUUCAUGCCCAAAGAACACACCAAGAUCACGCUGGUACUCGCUGGCAUACGCGCCCCGCGCACAGCCCGAAAUGCUUCCGAAAAGUCAGAGCCCUUUGGUGCUGAGGCUCUGAAGUUUGCGUCCAAGUACCUGCAGCGGGAUGUCGAAGUUGGCAAGUCUAGCCCUGACUAUGCCUUUGACUCCACUGACCGAUCAGGAGGUUUCAUUGGAAUCCUGUAUGCCGGAGGUGCCAAUGUUGCCGUGGAGCUUGUUCAGGAAGGUCUUGCAUCCGUCCACGAACGUGCUGCCGAGACGUUGCCAUUCGGACGUGAGCUUGUUGCUGCCGAGGAGAAAGCCAAGAAGGAGAAGAAGGGUAUCUGGUCCACAUACUCUGAGGAGGAAGCUUCCGCCAAGGUCGUGUCCGAUCCUACCUCUGCUCUCCCCACCGAGUACAAAGAUGUGUACAUUACCGCCGUCAAGGAUACCGAGCCUUUCACUUUCUCUGUCCAAGUCCUCGAGCCGGCCAGCGUCGCUUCCCUCACCAAGCUCAUGUCGGAUUUCGGUCUUCACCACAAGCAGAGCAGCUCUGCCUCUCCUGCUGGAUUCUCUCCCAAGGCUGGUGAACUCAUCUCUGCCAAGUUUAGCGAGGACAACCAGUGGUACCGAGCUAGGGUCAAGAGGGCUAGUGCGAUCAAGAAGGAAGCUCAAGUGGUCUUGAUUGAUUAUGGAAACGAGGAGACACUUCCAUUCUCACAGCUGAGGCCUUUGGACUCCAAGUUCAAGAACCUGCCCGGCCAGGCUCAGGAGGCUCGUCUGAGUUUUGUCAAACUUGCUGCUAAAUCCGGCGAGUAUGGGCCUGAGGCUCGUCGACGCUUUGAAGACCUCACCGGCGGUCUCAAGCUCAUUGCCAACAUUGACCAACGCGAAGGCAACCUCUUGCACCUCCGUCUAAUUGACCCCGCCGACCCUCAGAUCAAGGAAGACCCAUUGGCCUGUGUCAACGCAGACUUGAUUAGGGACGGAUUGGCGACCAUUGACAAGAGCUGCCCUUACCUUGCUAGCUAUCCUCAGGUUGUCAAGAAGCUGCAGCAGUCUACAGAGGAUGCGAAGGCGGACCGAUACGGUAUCUUUGAGUUUGGAGAUGUCAGUGAAGACUAG